UCGGGAUGCCGCGACGUGUCGAGUUCUCUCGUACUUUAGUUCCGCUAUGAUCAGUGAACGUGUUUAUAACCUCAACCUCCAACGGGAGAAGAGGAUCUCGUUUGGGAUUUUCUUCAUUCUCUUCUAUUGCUCUUUUGUGCUUUCUCAAACGCCUCCAGCUUCUUCCGAGGGACCUGCCUUCAGCGAGCCAAUAUCAAACGUGACGGUUCCUGUGGGAAGAGAGGCUGUUCUAGUUUGCGUCGUCGAAAAUCUCUCCGUCUACAAGGUUGCGUGGCUACGAGUAAAUACGCAGACAAUUUUAACGAUAGCCAGUCACGUGAUCACCAAAAACCAUAGAAUUGGAGUAACACAAACCGAUCAUAGAACAUGGUAUUUGCACAUACGGGAGGUUCGUCCAGCGGACCAGGGAGAUUACAUGUGCCAGAUAAAUACAGAUCCUAUGAAAAGUCAGAUUGGCUAUUUGAAUGUUGUGGUUCCACCGGAUAUCCUGGACUAUCCGACAAGUACAGAUUUGGUGGUGAGAGAAGGUAGCAAUGUAACUUUGAGAUGUGCUGCUUCUGGUUCUCCAGCUCCUAAUAUCACUUGGAGACGUGAGUCUAGCACGACACCAAUUGGAACUAAUACAGUAUCAAUCUCUGAAUUCAACAUAACGAAAGUUAAUCGAUUACACAUGGGCCCCUACCUCUGCAUAGCGUCUAAUGGCAUACCACCUACGGUCAGCAAGAGAAUAAUGCUCGUUGUUCAUUUUCCACCUAUGAUUGUGAUACCAAAUCAAUUAGUUGGUGUUCAAAUUGGUCAACAAAUUACAUUGGAGUGUAUCUCUGAAGCUUUUCCAAGGUCACUCAACUACUGGACGAAAGAAAAUAACGAAAGCAUUGAAAAGGGUAACAAUUCCAUACCAUCUAUAGUGGCCAGUCUAGAGAAUGGAUACAGUGUGAGCAUGAAGCUUACAAUAAAAGAAGUGGAUGAGUACGACUUUCAAACAUACAAAUGUGUUUCCAAGAACUCACUAGGGAGUACGGAUGGAGCCAUCAAGCUCUAUGAAAUACCAAGAACGACAACACCAUCAACAACAACGACAACAAGUACAACUACAACAACCACUACAAGUGCUCCAAAAGCAGUUACUAGAAUAGAAAAAAAACAAAGAAUGAGACAAAAGCCAAUACCCACUGUUCUACCAAGUUCAAAUGAAGUAGCCGAGUUGCAAGCUGCAGCGAAGAGCAGAGAUCGAGGACUUCAACUUCGAGGCUCACCUAAUGAUCAAGCAACUAACAAUGCCAGGGAAAUAACUAGUGGAGGUUUUGGAAAUGGUUCUCGAUUAGAUAAUUCGGGACCUUCAAUAUUUCCAAAUAAUUUAUUAUUUUUGCUCACACAAAAAUAUAGUGUUCAACUUGCUCUUGUUACUUUAUUAUUAACACUUUUGUCGUAGUUGAUGUUAUGUUAAAUAAUUUUCACUGAUCAUGUAAAAAUUGAUUCAUAAAUUAUACAACAGUUGAUUUUUACUUUUAGAGGGAUGAAAAAUUUCUAUUGAUUUUGAGGAAUUCUGUUUUUUUUUUAAUGGAUUUAAAAAAAAUUGGCAUACACCAUUUCUACCGUAAAAUUGAUUAUUCUUUCAAAAUCUGCGCUUGAAUUAUAAUAUAAUAUAAAAAUUAUAAUAAUAAAUUUCAGCUUCAGAAUUUGAAAAAGCAAUAAAUUUUACGUUAGAAAUAAUACAUGGGUACUGUUUUACAUAAGAUUUCUCAUAUUUUAUGAAUCGAUUUUUCACUGAUUAAACGUUAUUAGUCUCAUAAGAAUGAUUGUUUUAAUUAAAUAAAAACAAACAAUGUUAUGAGAAUGAAUUUUUUUGG